AUUCCAAUAGUAUUAUACAUGUUGUGGUUAAAACUGUAGUCUGACUGAGACCGCUGUGAUAUUAAAACUGAACUUCUCAACAGAACAGGCAGAUCAUCCUGUCAAUGUCUUCCAGCUCGAUCCAUAUUUUUCUUUUCUUUACUGCUCAAUUGAUCCGUACAGCGUGAGAAUAAAAAUCACUGUGCAGAAAUGCAGAUUAAAACGCGUAGUGUGAGUUUACACAACAUGCACAACUAAAAACACACAGCAUCUGCCCAGUUUAAGGUGCUAUACAAAUAUAGUUGAGUUGAUUUGAUCAGAGAUAAAUGUAGACAUUUGCUACAUCUUUUACUCUUUGAAGAAUGAGACCUCUGUAGACUACACAAGCAAAUAGUGAACAUAAUCAUAAGAGAUCUUUCAGUAAAUGCUUUAACAAUCAACACUUUUGUGAUUUUUCAGUAGGUAAGGUUAGGUAAGGUUCCUGUUUUGUUUAUUUGCAUUUAGAAGUAUAUUCGCCUGAGUGAAAAAUAGCAAACUAGAAACUAGGAAUAGCUACUUUGGCCAACAUGGCCACAGUAGCUAACCCUAGUAAUAACAGCUGUUAGCUAGCAAAACCAAAGCAAAUAACACAAAUAAUGAAGAAAAUUAAAAUGAAUGAGAAACUCAUUAAAAUGAGGCAUACUCUAGCUGAAGUUGAAACAUGUUUAGCUUGCGCACUGUAUGUAGCCUAUGUAUGCACUAUGCAUUACCUCCAAAGGUCAGACUGAAAAUAGGAACAGCUACACAUAUUGGCUUGUCUGCACACAUUUCUUGUGUGUUUGUGUCUGCUACAGUGUAAAUAAUAUGCAAUGCACCUUAAACGGUUACUUUAGUUAUAUCUAAAGCCAUCAUGCUUUUAUUUUCCUUAUUUACGGCAUAUUAGUAUGCUUAUUUUAUUAUUUUUGGGGCACUAUUGUUUUAUUGUUUGCUACAUCCUGUUCUCUGCUCAGCCUUCCCUCGGGUAUCAUAAGAGUUUCAUGCAAUCCGAAAACUGCCCUUCAUUGAUGAGUUCAGGUUAGAGUCUGUCAGCUGAGGAGUAAAGUCAGGUACUUUCCACAGAGUCUUUGACUCAAGAUCAAGGUUACACAUCUAGAGGAGAUACUGAGAGAAGAGGAAGUUCAGUAAGCAAGAAAGUGUGAAAAAAAGACCCACAAUAAACCACUAGUUUAUGUACUGUAUGAAGUACUACGUAUGUGUGUGUGUGUUUGUGAAUUCAGCCCUCAUUAUGACUAAUUCUAAUAGUGUCUUCCAAGUCGAUGCACGGUUGGCUUGUUUGUGGCGACGAGUGUUGGGUGAUAUCUGUGCAGUAAGUCUUUACAUGAAAUUAAAUGCUCUCAGUACAACUUUAAAGCUGCAUUAAGCAAUCAAAUAACUUCCUGUAAUGUGACUCAACAUUCCAGUCUGCGGCUCCGUGCAAAUUCUGGCAGCUUUCAGGCCAUAGUUUUGGUUUUCCUUCGGCCCAAAUCAACCCAAACAUUGCACCUGCUCUCAGCCUACAAGCUCACACAAGCCGACUGUCACUUCCUGUACAGUGGUAAAUGGCGGAGAGGCGAAAGUUAACAAGUGGCGGAAGAACGUCGAACAUAUAUAGCAAUCCAAAGACAUCCAGAUAUUUUUCUCAGGAAUUGGGGGACCAAACCAGGGCUGAAAUGCAUUUACAUUGGACAGGCGGCCAAAAAGACGACUGCAAUGGAAAGUCCAUGUUCCUCUGUCUCUGCUGAAUGUGAGAUGGCGACCUCUGACCCCUGUGCAAACGCCCCCCCAACGCCGCCUGAGGAGCCGGAGCCCUCCCCCUCCCCUCGCAAGAAACGCGGGCGUCGGAAACUCGAGCAAACCGAGAAGAAUAAGGACGAACCAGAUGACAGAAACUGCGACUCCCCCAGAGAGGGUGAGACUGGGAGGCUGCGGAGGAGGCCAGUUCCCAGAGUGACUUUCCAGGCUGGAGAUCCAUACUACAUCAGCAGGAGACAGAAAGAAGAAUGGCUCAGCCGCUGGAAGAUGGAGGCAGAGAGACGGGCGUACAGAGAAGCUGAGAUGAGCAUGAUGGACGACCUAUCAGAGGCGGACUUUCAAAAAGAGGAGGAACCAGCCAGUCCAGCCCCUCCCCCUUCACAGCAACAAACAGACCCCGCCUCGCCAACAGUUGCCGUAACGCCAGAGCCGGUUGCCAGGGGAGACCAAGCCACGCCCAGAGAGAUAGAGUACCAGGAUGGCAGGGGCUUUGGCAUCGGUACACUGGUGUUUGGGAAACUGCGAGGUUUCUCCUGGUGGCCUGGCAGGAUUGUAUCCUGGUGGAUGAGCGGCCGUAGUCGAGCUGCUGACGGGACUCGCUGGGUCAUGUGGUUUGGAGACAGCAAGUUCUCUGUGGUUUGUGUGGAGAAGCUGAUGCCUCUGAGCUCUUUCUCAUCUGCCUUCCACCAGCCCACCUACAACAAACAGUCCAUGUACCGGAAAGCCAUCUUCGAGGCUCUGCAGGUGGCAAGUGGUCGAGCAGGGAGGCCCACUCCCGCAUCCUGUGAUGCAAGCGAUGACGCGGAGGGGGUCGAGCCUCAGACCAGACAGAUGAUAGAGUGGGCCAUGACCGGCUUCCUACCCAAUGGCCCGCAGUCAUUGGACCCUCGAGAGGGUAUACAUACAGAGGAGCAAAAUUCAUAUAAAGAAGCGUUCUCAGAGAUGUGGGCAGAACCUGAGGCAGCGUACACACCUCCCCCUGCCAAGAAACCACGCAAGAACUCAGCCGAGAAAGCAAAGAUCAGAGAGGUGAUCGACGAAGGGACCAGAGAGAGACUCAUACAAGAGAUUAAAAAGAAGACCAGGAACAUAGAAGAUAUCUGUAUCUCCUGCGGAAGCCUCAACGUCUCUCUGGAGCAUCCUCUCUUCGUAGGAGCAAUGUGCCAGGGUUGCAAAAACUCAUUCCUGGAGUGUGCCUACCAGUAUGACGACGAUGGCUACCAGUCCUACUGCACCAUCUGCUGUGGAGGCAGGGAAGUGCUCAUGUGUGGCAACAACAACUGCUGUAGGUGUUUCUGUGUGGAGUGUGUGGAUCUGAUGGUAGGAGCCGGCUCAGCGGCAGCAGCCAUCAAAGAAGACCCCUGGAACUGUUACAUGUGUGGGCCUCGAAACACCUACGGGUUACUGCGGCGACGGGACGACUGGCCCUGCAGACUACAGCACUUCUUUGCCAACAACCACGAACAGGAAUUCGAGCCAGCCAAGUUGUAUCCUCCAGUUGCAGCAGAGAAGAGGCAACCGAUCAGAGUCCUAUCCCUGUUUGACGGCAUUGCAACAGGUCUGCUGGUGCUGAAGGAUUUGGGCAUCCAGGUCGACAAGUAUGUGGCGUCUGAGGUGUGUGAAGACUCCAUCACUGUUGGCAUGGUUCGACACCAGGGACGUAUCAUGUACGUGGGCGAUGUGCGCAACGUAACCCACAAACAUAUCGAAGAGUGGGGACCAUUUGACCUGGUGAUAGGAGGAAGCCCCUGCAACGACCUCUCCAUAGUCAACCCUGCACGGAAAGGCCUUUAUGAGGGAACGGGCCGGUUGUUUUUCGAGUUUUACCGUCUGCUACACGAGGCUCGACCAAAACCGGGCGACGAGCGGCCGUUCUUCUGGCUGUUUGAGAAUGUGGUCGCCAUGGGAGUCAGUGACAAACGGGACAUCUCACGCUUUUUAGAGUGUAACCCAGUGAUGAUCGAUGCCAAGGAGGUCUCUGCUGCCCACCGUGCCCGAUAUUUCUGGGGAAACCUGCCAGGCAUGUCGAGACCUCUGUCGCCCAUGACAAAUGACAAGCUAGACCUACAAGAGUGCCUCGAGCACGGACGCACAGCUAAGUUUGAGAAGUUGCGUACGAUAACGACACGCUCCAACUCUGUGAAGCAGGGGAAAGAUGAGCAUUUCCCUGUCUACAUGGACAACAAGGAGGACAUCCUCUGGUGUACUGAGAUGGAAAGGGUGUUCGGUUUCCCCGUCCACUACACCGACGUGUCCAACAUGAGUCGUCUGGCCAGGCAAAGGCUGCUGGGACGUUCCUGGAGCGUCCCUGUCAUCAGGCACCUCUUCGCCCCACUCAAGGAGUACUUCGCCUGCAACUAGUCACACACCAACUCUCUCUCUCUCACACGCACACACACACACACACACACACACACACACACACACAUUCACACAUAAACAGUAUCUAAUAACACACAUAAUUACACACAGUGUACAGCUAGUACAUGAAGGUUGGCUGAUGCAGAAUGACACAGAUGACCGGACAGUCAGACAUAAACACACACCCAUACAUACACACUGUAAAGGACUGCUUUCCUAGUUCCCAUGUAGACCACUGGCUAAUCGUAGUCCCCUUGGUGCUACCUUGCUGAUUACCACACACACACAUACAUCGGUGCAGGAUUUCUGUACUGUAAAUCCUCACGUACAAACUUCCUGCCCGACCUUGAAACUGAUGUCUUCUGGCUUUACUGUGUUGUAGUAGCUUCAGUUCAAACCUCCACGGGGUGCAAAACCGACAAAGACGCCCCCGAAUUUUUGUUUUUAAUAUCUCUCUGAAUUAAUCGACACACCAAUGAAUCCCUCUGAACCAUAACACUUAACUCUGUAUUCAUGCUUAGCGACAGUGCUGCUGGUGUGUUACAGUGCAAUGAACACAAAUACACACACACACAUACACAAACACAGACUCAUACACAUACACACACACACACACACACACACACACACAUACACACACACACACACACACCAGUUAAAGCUUGUGGUGCUGGUCAGGCAGUGAUAGAAUCCAAAUGGUGCCACUUUAAUACAACACUUUUACAGUUUUUGGUGCUCUUGGAGGCUGAACCGUCUCUGGUUGUUUCAGUCGCUGCAGUUUUGUGUCCCUAACUGAGUUUAACCAAAUGCUUACAAGCAGACGUGGAGGCAACACCAGCCAAGAAAGGCAGCAAAAGUUGACAUUUUGACGAGCCACUUUAGUGGAUCAGGAAUUUUUUAAACUUAUUGUGUUGGGCAGAGUGUGCUGAGGGGCUUGUAAAAGGAAAAAGAACAAGCAAACUCUUUUCAGAUGGGAUUAUUGUGAAACCUUUACUGACUCGACUGCAACUAAAGCAGAUUGUAAUUUCUUCUGUUUCUCGAGGGAGGCGCUGUGGAGGUCCAAAUAAUCUCAGUAGUUGAGUUAAAUUUCGGCGGACCGAACCACACAACCAGUUUUUUUUCUGGCAAAAAAUAUCUUUAUCUUCACCUGUUUUUUUCCUAUGUUCAUGUUUGUUACCCAGUACCUGCAAGCCAUCUAUGGAUGUGCAUGUGCCUUUCUGAAAAUACUUUUUAAGUAAAAUCAGAGCCAAGAUCAUAGUGUUCAGUGCUGCAGCUGUCUAUUUCUUCAGUGCCCUCCAGUGGUCAGAUAAAGCAGUAUAGAGAAUGUGGAUAAUGAGGCGACACUUGCAUUGUGGGUCAGUGUUACACGUCACUGGACUAGAAUGACUGUAAACAUAUUAAAUACAGUGGAACACAUACGGCCAUUCUCAGGCCAUUCUCAUACACUCAUAGAAAUAUAGAAUAUCGGUGCAUGCAUUUCAGUUGUCAAAACCCACAUCCACGGUUUACUUGUGCGCUUCUGUAAAGACUUUGUACUGUUUUGAUAAGUUCUUGAUGGUUUUGGAGCAUUUUUGGCAGCGAUUGUAUUUUAAGGUUAGCCUAACUUUAGCUUGGGUGGAUAUUAUGAGAUAUAUUCUGUCUUGUAACUUUUUAAAAAUGGAUAUAUUUCCUCAUGUUUUUUUUGGUGGUGUACAAUACCACAUUUGUAAUAAUGCUGUUGUGUUGUAUUAGUUACUGUUAACUGUUACACUGUGAUGUUUCAUCUUAAGUAUUUCUACUGCCUGACUACUACUCAGGCCUUGGGCUUCAAGACUGAGAUUGGAUGUUACAGUUAAUAUCUGCAUCUAAAUUAGAUCAUUGUGGGGUAAAAUGUGUUCCACAUAAUCUAAACAUACAGUAGCUUGAGACUUAUCAAUUAGAAUUUAUCAGAAUUAUCAAAUAAAGGUAUGUGUGUCAUAAAACUGUUCUUGCUAGAUUCCUGUUUCUCUUUGUGAGGAACGGUCUGUUCAAGAAUCCCUCGACACAAAACAGUUACUGUGAAAUGAUGACGUAAGGUUUAUCUCUGUCCUCGGCGUGGCUCAGUUUGUUUUUAAACAUCAUGAGAGCUUCUUUCAUUGUCUGAAGCAUUGUCGUGUAGGUGGUCAGCCUCCAAGAUCCCGAAUGUCAGCCAUCGUCGUCAGUUUUAUUUACUGUAGAUUUUGAGGGAUUGAUCAUUGUCGCUACGUUUUGUAAGAGGUUCAGUGUUCAUAUCUAUACUUCUGACAUGACGCUGCAUAAAGUCUGCUCUCUGGAUUUUAUGUGAAAAUCUCAGCUGUGCAACAGUAUAGCAUCCUUCUUCUCCUCAAAAGCUACUCUUCUUGCCCACCUCUUCUCAUGUCCAUUUCUGGAUUUUUUAAAAAAGCAGCAGUAUUAUUAAACCACUAUGAAGGGAAUUUGUGAUGAUCUCCUGUCCCUUUAAGGUGUGAAACAAAAAAACCCUCCAACCUGUGAGGUUAAACACCUCCCGCGAGAUUAUUUCUGCCUCCACAGCCGCACUGCCUCUGAGAAACAAACUAAAACAUUAGUGAACUUUUUAGGAGUUCAGCAUGUUACUUCAGCAGCAUUUAAUGUAAAAGGGAGUCAAUAGGGGGAUUAAACCUCAAACCUUCCAAUUACAAUACAGCCUCUCUUGUGCCUCGGCCCCAAUGUUGCCCUUUUUUGUCUGGUGAAAAAGUGAAAGUGACCAGUAAAUCAGUCACAGUCCACCAGCCCUUGCAGAUUUGGCUCCUGUUGUACUUAAUAGGGAUGCAAAAUGUCCUCCAGUUACACAGCGACGUCCACUGGAAUCAGAGGAAAACCUUUACUCUGUUGACACUAUGCUGGUUUUCUACUUCCUAUGACUGAAACAGAUAGCCCUGUAUAAAUAACAGAUGUUUCCUUAUAUCAAAGAGGAAGACAUCUAGGAUCUGUGUUGGGUAUUUUUUCUGCCUUUUGCCCAAUGCAUUCUGGGAUUAACUCAGACACUCCCUGAUCUUGAAUAAAAAUAAGCAAGUAAAGAAGAUUUGAUUGUCAUCAAUUGUGGCAGAUAUGUAAUAAAGUGUUUCCAAGACUAUUAUAAACACAGACAUAAUGUGUAAAUGUCCUUCUACGCUGAUUUAUUAUUUAUUUAAACAGGGCUGUCUCUUGAGGAAAAAAAAUCUUUCAGUCUGGUGCUUUUGGUCUUCAGACGACCAUCUUUUCCGGGAAGCCUUCCAAAUCCUCUGACCUUCCUCAGAUACCAGCUAACAACUGGACAUGUGCAGUCUAUGCUGACACACACACACACACACACACACAAACACACACACAAACACACAAACACACAC